CAUAAACACAAAUGUUAAAUAUUGAAAAAGAAGAAGAAAGUGGUUAGUGUAUAUUGUUCUGUGCUGUUGCUGUUAAUAUAUUAAUGAUUAAUGAAAAUGAUGUGAUCAUAAUUUUUAAAUACACAAAAACUCUUCUAAUUGUACCAUAAAUAAAAGACAUGUCUUCGGAUUCCGGUUCAGAUAAUGAGACGGACCAUAGUAUUAGUCCAAAUAGAGGACCUGCUCCUACACCUGGCCAUGGCUUGGAUAGAUCUCCCUCAAAUUCUCCAGCUUAUAAUAACAAAUCUAGAGAUGUAAGUCAAUCAAGAGACUCUAGAAGUAGGUCUAGAUCAGGAUCUCCUACUUCUCGUGCAAGGGAUACACCAAAGUCUCAUAGGUCUGGAUCUGGAGAUUCUAGAAGAUCUGGUUCUCCAACCUCUAGAAGAUCAGGUUCCCAAACAUCUAGAAGAUCAGGAUCUCACGUUUCUAGAAGGUCAGGCUCCCACAUUUCAAGAAGGUCAGGCUCUCAUGUUUCUAGAAGGUCAGAAUCACAAGCUUCUAAGAGGCAUGGAUCAGGUUCACAUGGAUCUGGAUCACCAGCUUCUAAUAAAUCAAUAUCAGAUAGGUCACGAUCAGCUUCCACUGGUUCUAAAAGAUCUGGAUCUGUUGCAUCAAAACGAUCAGAAUCUGCUGCAUCAAAAAGAUCAGGAUCUGCUACAUCAAAAAGAUCAGGAUCUGUAGCAUCUAAAAUAUCAGAAUCUGCUGCAUCAAAGAGAUCAGAAUCGGCUGCAUCAAAGAGAUCAGGAUCUGCUGCAUCAAAGAGAUCAGGAUCUGCUGCAUCAAAAAGGUCAGGAUCUGUUGCAUCUAAAAGAUCAGACUCUUCUGGUUCUAAUAAAUCAGCUGGUUCAGGAAAAUCUAGAUCUAGGUCAGGAUCAGCAGCCUCUCACCGUUCAGGAUCAGCAGCUUCUCACCAUUCUGGAUCAGCAGCAUCAAAAAGAUCAGGAUCUGGUGAUUCUAAAAGAGGUGCUUCAGCGGCAUCAAAUAAAUCAAGAUCAGCUUCAAAUGCUUCUAACAAAUCAGGGUCCAAUACUUCAAAAAGAUCCAGGUCUGGUUCAAACAUUUCUGGAAGAUCUAGAUCUGGUUCAAAUGCUUCCAAGAGGUCACGAUCAGGUUCUAAUGCAUCUAAAAGAUCAAGAUCUGUUUCUAAUGCAUCUAAGAGAUCAAGAUCUGGUUCUAAUGCAUCCAAGAGAUCAAGGUCUGGUUCUAAUACAUCCAAGAGAUCCAGAUCUGGAUCUAAUGUAUCCAAGAGAUCCGGUUCCAUUACUUCCAAUAGAUCUAGAUCUGGAUCGAAUGCUUCUAAAAGGUCGGGAUCUGGUGAUUCUAGGAGAUCAAGAUCAGGUUCUGCAGCAUCUAGAAGAUCACGAUCAGGUUCUAGAAGAUCAAAAUCUGGGUCACCAUCUUCUAGACGUGCUAGUAAAUCUCGAUCUAGAUCUAGGACUAGGGUGGAAGUUCGCAGUGGGUCUAAUAGUCCUAAUUUGCAAAUUGAUGAAGAAAAUCAAACUGGAGAAAAGAGACAAAGGGACAGCUCAGAAGAACCAGUUAGUACAAAAAAAAGAAAAGCUAUUGUUUCAGAUAGUGAAGAUGACGAAGGUGGAGGAGAAAAAGAAAAAGUGGAUGCUAUUGAUAUUUUUGGUGAUGCUGAUGAUAUUAGUAGUGAAGAAGAAAAAGAUAAAGCUGAUUCAGAUAGGGGUGGGCGUAGAUCUCGCUCUGAUGAUGAAAGGCGCUCUAGAUCUAGGUCAAGGUCACGAUCCAGGUCAAGGUCUGGAGAUGAAAGAGAACAGAGACCAGCAAUUGCAGAUGAUGAAGAUAAAGAAAAUGAACCAGAACCAAUACCAGAGACUAGAAUUGAUGUAGAGGUUCCAAAAAUAAGCUGUGAUUUGGGAAAAGAUAUUCAUUUUGUUAAAUUACCCAAUUUCUUAUCUGUAGAGACGAGGCCUUUUGAUCCUGAAACAUAUGAGGAUGAAAUAGAUGACGAGGAAACAUUAGAUGAGGAAGGAAGAGCAAGAUUAAAAUUAAAGGUAGAAAAUACAAUGAGGUGGCGAGAAGUUGUGGAUGAUGAUGGAAAUGUGAAAAAAGAAUCAAAUGCAAGAAUGGUUAAAUGGUCAGAUGGUUCAUACAGUUUACACUUAGGAUCUGAAAUUUUUGAUGUGUAUAAACAGCCUCUUCAGGGUGACCAUAACCACUUGUUCAUUCGUCAAGGUACAGGUCUUCAGGGUCAAGCAGUAUUUCGUACAAAGUUGAGUUUUAGACCUCACUCUACUGAGAGUUUCACUCACAGAAAGAUGACGCUGUCUUUAGCCGACAGAUCUACGAAAACCACUGGUAUUAAAAUUAUGUCUCAAGUUGGUGUUGAUCCCGAUUUGGACAAAGCUACAAGGAUAAAGAAAGAAGAAGAGAAAUUAAAACAGACACCUGUCAAACAAAAACCAACGAGAAAGAAAACCGAUAAUGCCGCUAGGUCACAUGCUAGUAGUUUUACGAGAGAAGAAGAGGGAAGUGAAGAUGAAGGUGCAAUUUCUUUGAAUGCCAUCAAAAGCAAAUAUAAGGGUGGUGGAAACGUAUCUAAAGGUGGAGCCAUUUAUUCAUCUGAUGAAGAAGGUUCAGAUAUUGAAAAUAGUCGUACAAAAAAGAAGGGUAAAUUAGGAAACGCUCUUAAAGAUUCUGAUGAUGACGAUGCAGAGGAAGAAGACGAAAAUAGUGAAAGUGAAUAGAAUGGAUUGUAAUUAUAAGAAGAAAAAAAACGUUUUAAAUUUAAGAAGUUUGAAAAUAAAUUAUUUUUAAUUUAAUGUAUUUCUACAUUUUUUAUAUACAUAAUUUGAGAGGUAGGUAAAUAGAGACGUUUUUAUUAUUAUUUUUUUUUUAUUCACACAUUCCUAUUCAACAAAAAUAUAAAAUAGUGCAAUACUUAAAUACAAAUAUAAUGGAAUAUGAGAGUAUCGGAGUUGUAUUAUAACAUAGUUACAAGUAUUAAUCUUCUCCAGCAGGCAUAGCAUCUUCUAAUCUUCUAAUAAAUUUGACCCUUAUUUCUGUAUUUUGGUCACCUUUUAGUUGAUCCUACAAAAAAAUCCAUUCUUA